AUGUUUACAACCAGUUUUGCCAGUCCUAUGUUUGUCAAAUUCUUGCCAUGCCUUCUACAAGAAGUACCAGCUCUUCAGAUGUCCCAGAAAUCCAAUUUGGCUGUGGCAUCAGAGGCAACCAUUCGUAAGAGUGGGCGAAGAAGUGUUCCAAAUCGGAAAUAUUUGGAUAUGGAAAUGGAUUUUCGCCGGAAGAAGUCCAAAACUGCCUCCUCUCCAGAGAAAAAAUCUGGGAAGUUUCCUGAACAAGACAAGACACCAAAAUCUCAAAAUUCUAGUGCCUCUACUUUGAAAAGAAAACUAGACUUAAAUACAGAAAAAAAUCUAUCAAGUAAAAAACGGGCUGUAAAAGAACCUUCAGAAAAUGAGGGGUCUCCCAAAAAGUCAGUUCAGUCACUUCUCAAAACUGUGUCUCCCAAAAAGAAAGCUGCUUCAACUGUUGUCAGUACAGCUACUAGUCCCUUGAGAACCCAAUUACCUUCUCCAGGUUCACCUCAGAAGAUUGCUUCACCCAUUUUGAAAAUAGCCAGUCCACAAAAGUCCUCUACUCUUGUCCCUCGAAAAGUUGUUCAAUCUUCAGCUAACUUCAUUGGGAAUAACUCUGACAGCAAUCAACAAACGCAACCAGUUAUUUUAGUAGGGACAGAACAACUUAAUGCUUCACCCACCAUGCUCACUACCAACAAAAAUUCAGGCUCUGUUCCUAACAACUCUGCUUUAAGUGAGGAACGCUCAGAAAAUCUCACCCUCUUUCAGACAGCAAAUGUACUUGGUGAUGUUGCACAGGAAUUGAGCUUACCUGUUACUAGUUCUAAAGCCUCAGAGAAUUUCAGUAAGACCUUGCCCACACUUUCUGACUCUCUCAGUUCUUCCCUAAAUUCUGUUUCAAAUAGCAAACCUGAACACAUUGUUGUGGUUCAUCCUGCUGAGCCAGUUGAUCAGCAAGUAAAUCAAAGGACUGAUUUUCUUGAUGCUGAUAAGAAUCUUAGCAAAGAAUUACCAGAGACUUCUGUGACUGAGCCUUCAGUGCCACAGAUUGUGGUGACACUACCAAAUACAAUCUCUUCAGUGGCACUGCAGAAUUCUUCUUUGUCAAAUACACCAGCAGUAACAACAGAGGGCUCCAUGACAUAUUCUGUAGAUAUGACCAUGUCAUCUACAAAACCUAUUAUCUCUUUUACAGAAGGAAUCUCACAGGCAUCACCAUAUACUGUUUCUCUUUUAAACAACAACAACAAUAAUAGUAGCAGCAAUAAGGAUAAGGAGGCAGUUGAAUCUUUAAUAAAUGCAAGCCACAUUACUGAGAAAGUCAGUGAGAGUGGCAGUGUUAUGAUGUGCCUCUCUUCUGGAACUGAGGAUCUGGUUCCCAGCACCAUGUCCCUUGAUGUAAAUACUCAUCAUGAUGCUCACCGGCUUGAAACUGAAGCUGCUAUCCAGGAAAUCACAGCCAGUUUCCCCCAGACCUUCACUAGCAAUGAUAUAGUGAUUCAUGAAAAGGACCAAAUCACCAAAACCUCAAUAUCACUUGCAGAAGCUGCAAAGAUGGUGGCUGAAUCUCAGACAAUUGUUGAUUUACCAGAUGUGAACAGUCUUUCAGAAUGUGGACUGGAAGGACUCCGUAGCCAGCCUACGCCUGUCACCCGUGAGGUAGCUACUACAACUCUUCCUACUGCAGUAGCAUCAACCCAGACACCCCUGCAAUUACCUAGGAAGAGUUCAAAAGCUUCUUCACUAAUGAAGAACCUUACUGUCAACAUGCAGCAAUCAGGAAAGCUGCCUUUAGACAUGGAUGAUGACGAUGAUGAUGAUGAUGAUGAUGAUCUUGAAGAUGGUGAUUGUUUUGACAAUGAUGAGGAGGAGGAGUUGAAGGAAGUAGAACCUCGUAAAAGUACUCAAGAAUUUAUUGUUGUUCAUCUGCCUGAGGGUGCACAGAUAAAACGAGAAAGAGUGGACUCGAGGCACCAAAUUGAGCCAUUAGGUAGAGGGCGAGUGGAUGAAAAUGGAUCCUAUCGAUGCACUGAGUGUAAUUAUAUGACAGCAAAGAAGGCAAAUUGGUACAAACAUCGAAAAAAACAUUUGGGUUUGCGGCCACAUUGUUGUUUGACAUGUGACUACAAAGCAACGACAAGCAGUAACCUGAAACGGCACAUGGCAAUCCAUGCAGAUCUACGUGAAUACAAAUGCAACCUGUGUUCUAAUUAUUUUCGACAGAAGAUUCACUUAGAAAGACACAUGAAAUAUAAACAUGAGGAGAAAAAAGUCCAGUGUCCGCUGUGUAAUUAUGUGUGUGCCAGUGAAAACCCUGAUUUGAAAAUUCAUUUCAAACGUCGUCAUGUUCCCUCUACAUAUAGUACAAUGAAUUCUUUUACAUGUGAUGAAUGUGGAUUGCAUAUGAUGAAGAAGCAUGGUAUUGAGAUUGUGAUGAAUAUGAAAGACGAUUGGUCUACAAAUGGUUAUGCAACUAAUAAUGCCCCUCUGUUGGUAGACAAGGGUGAUGGUACAGAACCAAAUAUAAUGACAGUUGGCAACGUUGUGACAGCAACUAGUGAGGAGUCAAACCAGUUAAUGGUGGUCACUGAAGAUGCUGAUAACAACACCAUGCAGACUGUGAUCACGAUUGAAGACCUGGCUUCAUCAAUGACCAACCCAGUGAAAAUGUCUGAGGUCAGUGUUAGCACUGGGUCAACGGGAGAAAUGUCAGAUAAGGUGCUGACUGAUGAUUUGAAUCAACAACAACAUGCUGCAGAUGCUGUUGAGGGUCUACAGGCUCUGGCAGAACAUCCACGUAUAGUGGACCAUGACAACCAUUUCAAGUGUAGUGAUGAUGUUGAAACUCAGAUAGAGGAUGUCAGGGUUGAUGCUGAGAGGGAGGUAGGGAUAAUUAAUAAUGAGGUUAAUGUUGUUGCUGAGAAAAACAUGUCUGAGGUGGAUGAAGCUACUGUUUCGGUGAUUGACCAGCUGACAACAGAAACCCCUGUUAAGGAGAGCUUUGAACUGACUACUGACCAAGUUGUACAUCUAUCCACUGGUGAUUAUGUGGAAAUCAAUGGGGAAGUGUACAAAGUGGAAAUUUCCACAGAGCCUGCAGAGGAAACUGUGACCACAAGUGGUACUUCAGAUUCUGCAGGAACAGAACUUUUUGAAACUAUUGUGCAGAAUGAUACAAAUGCAGCUGCUGCUUCAUUUCUCACUUGA